AUGACGAGUGAUUGUGAACAUAUCGGGGAACCCAUUGCCAUUGUAGGAAGUGCUUGUCGCUUUCCUGGUGAUGCAACAAGCCCCUCAAAGCUUUGGGAACUACUCAAAGCACCUCGCGAUGUUCUGAGCGAAAUUCCGGAAAGCCGGUUCAGUACCAAGGCCUUUUACCAUCCCGAUGGCCUACACCAUGGCACAACAAAUGUUCGACACUCUUACCUGUUGUCGGAUGAUCAUCGAUUGUUUGACGCCCAAUUCUUUGGAACGAAGCCAGUGGAAGCGAAUUGCAUCGACCCUCAACAAAGACUGCUACUCGAAACUGUUUAUGAGGGACUUGAAGCUGCUGGUAUUCCCAUGGAAGGGCUCCAAGGAUCCAACACGGGUGUUUGGGUCGGGUUAAUGACCAACGACUAUGCCGACAUGCUUGGUCGCGAUGUUCAGAACUUCCCAACCUACUUCGCAUCUGGUACUGCUCGGAGUAUUCUAUCUAAUCGAAUCUCUUACUUCUUUGACUGGCGUGGUCCAUCCAUGACCAUUGAUACCGCAUGCUCUUCUAGCCUGAUUGCACUUCACCAGGCCGUGCAGAGCUUGCGUAGUGGUGAGACCAAUGUCGCUGUGGCUGCGGGAACCAACCUGUUGUUGGGACCUGAACAGUACAUCGCGGAGAGCAAACUGAAGAUGCUUUCUCCAACUGGCCGCUCGCGUAUGUGGGAUAAAGGAGCCAAUGGAUAUGCAAGGGGUGAUGGGAUUGCAGCCGUCAUACUGAAGCCAUUGAGUGCUGCCCUGGCCGAUGGUGACCACAUUGAGUGCAUCGUUAGGGAGACAGGUGCCAACCAAGACGGCCGUACCAAGGGUAUUACGAUGCCCAACCCCCUAGCUCAGGCAGAGCUCAUUCGGAAUACAUACGCUCGAGCCGGACUCGAUCUCUCGAAACCAAGCGACCGCCCACAAUACUUUGAAGCACACGGGACAGGAACACCUGCGGGUGACCCGGUCGAGGCAGAGGCUAUCAGCACUGCAUUCUUUGGACAGACUGCAAAGUACACAAGAAAGGAUAGCGGUGAACACCCGUUGUACGUCGGAUCAAUCAAGACAGUCAUUGGACAUACCGAAGGUACAGCUGGAUUGGCGGCCGUUCUGAAGGCAUCGCUUGCGUUGCAGCAUGCGGUUAUUCCGCCAAAUAUGCUCCUAGAUGAGCUAAGCGCAACUGUACGCCCGUUUUACAACGAUCUUGAAAUCACACAGGAUGCCAAAGAAUGGCCCCCUGUUUUAGAAAACACUCCCCGCCGUGCCAGCGUCAACAGUUUCGGAUUUGGCGGUGCAAAUGCGCACGCGAUUCUGGAAGAGUACAACCCACGCCUUCUCCAUCAAAAGGCAGGGGAUACCAAAGCUGUGAUCGUCUCACCAUUCAACUUUUCUGCCUCGUCUGAAACAUCGUUACUCGCAAACCUCGCGGCGUACUCUGCUUAUCUGCGGGCUCACCCUGCUACUGAUCUUCGUGACUUGUCGUGGACCUUGAACUGUCGACGUUCGACACUACCGGUACGACGUUCGAUCUCUGCAUCAAGCACUGGAGAUCUAAUCGCAAGAUUGGACGAAGUCGUGCAAUCAUCUGAUAUCACGCCAAGUGCGCAAACCGCGACUAUUCGUGAACCAAAGUUGCUGGGUGUAUUCACCGGACAAGGAGCACAGUGGGCUCGUAUGGGCGCCGAAUUGAUUGAAAGUUCGUCCAUGGUCAGAGAUUGCAUUGAUCGUCUUGAUAGGUCUUUGCAGGAAUUGCCUACCGAACAUCGCCCGGUCUGGUCCCUUCGCGAGGAAAUUUUGAAAGAUAACAAGACCUCUCGAAUUGGAGAGGCCGCAUUUUCCCAGCCACUCUGCACUGCCAUCCAGAUCGCGCUAGUUCAGCUUCUUGCUGCCGCAAAUAUCAAAUUCACCGCCGUAGUUGGUCAUUCGUCUGGAGAGAUUGCAGCAGCGUAUGCGGCAGGAUAUCUGAACGAGCAAGAUGCAAUCAGGAUUGCGUUUUACCGCGGAUGGUCCCUCCAGUACGCGAAUGAUCGCGAUGGACCCAAAGGCGCAAUGAUGGCUGCGGGAACUUCUUUUGAAGAUGCUAAAGAGCUUUGUGAGUCGCCGGAACUUGAAAACAGAAUUUGCGUGGCUGCCAGCAAUUCCUCUGCGAGUGUCACACUCUCCGGAGAUGCGGAUGCGAUUGAUGAGGUCAAAGAGAUUCUAGAAGAUGAGAAGAAAUUUGCCCGUCUGUUGAAGGUUGAUAAGGCCUACCAUUCUCAUCACAUGCUCUCGUGCGCAGCUCCUUAUAUCGCAGCGAUUCGUAAGUGUGGAAUCGCUGUUCAGCCCCGUCUCAGCGACAGUCCCACCUGGAUCUCUAGUGUAUACGGCGAGAAUAUCGAUGAAGUCGAUGAUAGCCUCCCCGAUACAUAUUGGAGCAAUAACAUGAUAAAUCCCGUCUUGUUUUCACAGGCACUCACUUAUGCCGUUGGUGUCGCAGGGCCAUUUGACAUGGCAUUAGAAGUUGGUCCCCACCCAGCCUUGAAAGGCCCUGCAAUUCAGACCAUCCAAGAGGCAUCUGGUCAAACUCUACCUUAUGCCGGGACUUUGAGCCGUGGUAAAAAUGACCGAGAAGUUUUCUCUUCCGCGCUCGGUUCCUUGUGGGUUGCGCUCGGCGACAGUGUGGUGGAUUUCGCAAGCUUUGAGAGCAGAGCCACACAAAGCAUCCAGAAUCCGGAGCUGCUGAAAGGUCUUCCAUCAUACUCAUGGGACCACGAUCGGGUUUAUUGGCAUGAAUCUCGAUCAUCCCUUGCAAUGCGCACCGAAAAGGAAUCUUUCCACCCCCUAUUGGGUGUCAAGUGUCCGGAUGGAACAGAGAAAGAGUUACGCUGGCGUAACUACCUUCACCCACGGGAGGUAUCCUGGCUAGCACAUCACCAGGUUCAAGGCCAGAUGGUGUUCCCAGCAGCUGGGUAUAUCUCUGCUGCAGUUGAGGCUGUCAUACAGAAAUAUGGAUUAGGGUCUGUCCAACUCAUUGACUUCCACGAUAUCAUUAUCGGACAAGCAUUAGUGCUCGAGGAGAACGGCGGAGUUGAAACAGUUUUCAGACUCUCAAUUGAUCUAGUUGAAACUUACGGCGUCUCGGCAUCCUUUGCCUGUCACUCCGAUGCGAACAAAGGAUCGUCCGGCAUGUCCCUCCACGCUUCUGCGACAUUGAAAAUUGUCUUGGGCGACCCGAAGGACGAUGUUCUGCCGAAAAGAACCAAUCCCCAGGGCUCUUUCCUUGAUUUGGAGGUCGAUCGGUUCUACAACACAGUGUCGCAACUCGGUUUCGGGUAUACCGGCCCCUUCCAGGCACUCUCCGGACUGCGCAGAAAGAUGGACGAGGCAUUGGGCCUGAUUGCGGUCCCGGAACGGGAUGAAAAUGGACAAUCUUUGAUCAUUCACCCGGCCUCUCUGGAUGGCGCCAUCCAAUCGAUCAUGCUUGCUUAUUGCUACCCAGACGAUGGGCGUAUGCGCACAAUUUACCUGCCCACCCGAAUUGAUAGACUGCGCCUGAACCCAUCUGCCUGUGUUGCUCUUGGGGCUCCUGGUGUUGAUCUUCCAUUCUACUCUGCAGUCACAGAGGCUCAGUUUGCCGAACUCUCUGGUGAUGUUGAUAUCUUUUCUGCGGAUGGUAGACAUACAUUGAUCCAACUUGAAGGACUUCAUACCACUCCCUUAACUCCAUUGACAUCUGUUGACGACCUUCCAUUCUUCACAGAAACUGUGUGGGGUGUUGACAGACCCACUGGCCGAGAUUUCAAAAUUGAUAAGGAAUUGACCAUACACGACCGCUCUCUGGGCUUGGAUCUCGAACGUAUUGCACACUUUUACUUCAAGGAACUCGAUCGUUCGCUUCAGAUAUCUGACCGGGAAAAGGCUGCCUGGAAUCAUGCCCAUCUUCUUUCCUAUGUGGAUCAUUGCCUAUCAUCCGUUGCCUCCGGUAAACACAAAUUUGCGAAGCUAGAAUGGGCCAGUGAUACUAUGCAUGACAUUGCCCCCAUUUUGGAAAGGAACGCCAACCACAUCGAUGUCCAAGUACUUCGUGCAGUAGGGGAAUGUUUUCCAGCUGUUAUCCGCGGAGAGUCUAAUCUCCUUGAUGUUCUGACAAAGGAAAAUCUUUUGUCCAAAUUCUAUGCUCAAACUCUCGGAAUAGAUCUGUACCUGGACGAAAUCGUCCGAAUCGCUCAGCAAAUCAAUCACAGGUACCCACAUCUCAACAUAUUGGAAAUUGGUGCUGGAGCAGGUACGACGACGGAACGAGUCAUGCAUGCAAUGGGCUCGGCAUUUGCGUCAUACACGUUCUCCGACAUUCUCGACACACAGUUUGACGAUGUUCGUGAAAGGCUUUCCGAUUAUCAGUCAAAAAUGGCGUUCAAGUUGCUGGACAUUGAACAAGACCUUGGAGAACAAAACUUCCAAGAAGCCUCCUUCGAUCUUGUUAUUGCGCCAUUGUGUCUUUAUGCGACGAAAAGCCUCGAAUCCACCCUCAUUAAUGUACGACGAUUGCUGAAGCCCGGUGGCUAUUUGAUUAUGCUUGAAAUCACAAGCCCUGAAGUCAUGCGCUUUGGCCUCAUUCUUGGAGGCUUGCCGGGCUGGUGGCAUGGGUUCGAGGAAGGCCGAACAUUGUCUCCAUGUGUCUCGGAAGAUAAGUGGGAAUCGUUGAUGAAGACCACUGGAUUCUCUGGGCUUGAAGCACUGGCACCUUGCUCUUUGCAAUCGCCUGUGCCAUUUUCUGUUAUGGUGACUCAAGCAGUGGAUCAGCGCAUCGAUUUUAUCCGUGAUCCAUUGGCGCCUGCUCACCAACCCCUCGACGUGGGGUCUUUGACAAUCAUUGGGGGGAAGACUCCGCUAACUUCCACAAUUGUCGCCGAUAUCACGAGCCUAGUUCAGCGUCACUACAGCAAUAUCCGUACAGUCAGCUCGUUGAGCGAACUGGUUUCGUCGGACUUGCCGUUUAUGGGCACUGUUGUUAGUUUGGUUGAAUUGGAGAAGCCAGUGCUUAGGCAUUUGACACCUACGACCUGGAAGUCUUUCCAAGAGCUGUUCAAACAGAGCAAAAAUGUUCUUUGGCUAGGACAUGGCGCCCAGGGAGACAAUCCUUACGGCAACAUGUUCACGGGUGUUCAACGUACCCUUGCAAUGGAGAUGACCCACCUUCACAUCCACUUCAUCAACUUCCAUUCGUUGGGUGAAGCCGAUGGCAAAAUCGUUGCGACAAAGCUUCUCCAUCUUGAAGCCGCGGAGCUUUGGGAUCAGCGUGGACAGCUUGAUGAUAUACUUUGGAUUAAUGAGCUGGAGCUGGAGUUGAGAAAUGGGAAGUUCCACGUGCCUCGACUCCGCCUCAACUCCAAUAGAAACGAUCGAUACAAUUCUGCGAGGCGUCUGAUCAUCAAAGAAGUUCCACGUGCUCAGUCCACCGUCGCCGUUCAGCCAACAGAAAAAGGAUAUCUUGUUGAAGAGAAGGACACCCGCACAUCGCCUUCUUUCCGAAACGGCAUUGAAGUCCAUGUCACCCAUUCACUCUUACGUGCCGCAAGACUUACAGAAACGAGCAGUUUGUUCUUGGUGGUUGGCAAAAACGUCCAAAACAAUGAACAUGUACUCGCUUUGACACAUACUUUGGACUCCCAAGUCUAUGUACCGCAUGGCCUAGCUUUGCGAUGUGGAGAGAGCGAAGAACAAAGCAUUCGGUCUAUGCUCACGCUUUAUGUUCAUCUUUUUACCCUCUCCAUGUUUCAGAAUAUCCAAGCUGGUGAUGCGCUAGCCGUUCUGGACCCCGACUUUUCCCUUUCUCCGCUCUUGACAAAAUACGCAAACGAAAAGGGUGUACAGCUUGUGCUCUUAACGACAAAAGAAGGACAUCGCUCGUGGCCAUGGGUCCAAAUACACCCGAAUUCUACCAAACGCGAACUGACUGCCAAGUUACCUAGCAACAUCUCCCGUCUUGUGAACAUGGGUGAGAGCGAAGAGGUUCUACAUGUGCUUAAAUCGUGCUUCAAAUCAAAUUGCCAGUUUGAAAACGAGACCACGUUGACCACAAACCGCUCUCGGUCCGACUAUCUUUCCGACAUGAGUCAGAUAGCCACGCAACUGCAAAACUCUUGGAUUAAAGCACAGUAUGACCUCACUCCAGUUAAUCUACACAGGUUCGCGACUUUAGGACUUCAGGAUUUGAUAAGGGCACAAGAGACGUUUAAGACGCAGUCUCUUCUUACUUGGGACCAGUCAAAGCUUGCUGUCCAAGUACAACCGGCCACUAAGCAUGUGAAGUUUUCAAAGGACAAAACAUACUGGCUCAUUGGUCUCACAGGUGGACUUGGUUUGUCUCUGUGUCAGUGGAUGAUUCGACAGGGGGCACGUUUUAUUGCGCUAUCCAGUCGUAACCCAAAGAUUGAUGACGCAUGGUUGGCACGAAUGGCCGCCGCCGGCUGCACUGUCCGCGUCUUUCCUAAUGAUAUCACGAAUCGUGAAUCCGUUCAAGCAACCUAUCACCAUAUCAGUGAGACUAUGCCGCCCAUUGCUGGUGUUGCACAGGGUGCCAUGGUUCUACAGGACACCAUGUUUAUCGAUUUAGACCUCCCUGCCUUGGAGAAAGUGCUCCGGCCUAAAGUUGAUGGUAGUAUCUUGCUGGAUGAACUGUUCCCUGAGAACACUUUGGAUUUUAUGAUUUUCUUUUCGUCGAUGGCUGCCUUGACUGGAAAUCCUGGACAGGUCGCUUACAACGCCGCAAACAUGUUCAUGGCGAGUUUGGCCGCGCAGCGUCGAGACCGAGGCUUGGCAGGACACGCGAUCAAUAUCGGCGCAGUUGUGGGCAAUGGUUAUGUGACGCGAGAACUGAACAUGGAGCAACAAACAUACCUUUACCGUGUGGGUCUUGAAUGGAUGUCUGAGCAAGACUUCCAUGAAGUGUUUGCUGAAGGUGUUCUGUCUUGCUUGGACAGAAUUGGAAGCGCUCAAUUGUCCUGUGCUAUCAGAAUAGACGAUGACCAGUCCAAGAGUUGGAUUUUGAACCCCAUUUUCCAACACCUGGUUUAUAAGUCUAGUAGCAUUCUCGUCGCCGACAAAAAGGGAAAACCUGGGGUUUUGGUCAAAAUGCGCCUGUCUGAGGCCACUUCAGCCCAAGAAGUCACGGAAAUUCUACAAGAGGGCUUUGUGCUGAAACUUCAGUCAGCAUUGCAAGCAGACCCAAAUAAGCCCAUGUUGGACAUGAGUCCAGAUGAGCUCGGUGUCGACUCAUUGGUGGCCGUAGAUCUUCGUUCGUGGUUCCUCAAAGAGUUGGGAGUCGACAUGCCGGUGCUCAAAAUUUUCAAUGCCGCGUCGAUCCGAGAGUUACUAGCUGCGGCUGCGGAAGUUCUUCCCGAAUCACUGGUUCCAAAGCUAAUGUCUGACGCUCAGUCUUCGCAACUGCCAACUGGGCAGGUAGUCCCAUCUGCACCAUUGGCUACAACUUCUACAACAAAUGUCCUUUUGGAUGCUGCCGGGACAGAUACAAAGGAUACUAUGACCGAGCUUAAAUUUGCACUUCCAGAUGCCACUAACGCAUAUAGCACCAGCUCUGCUACUUCCUUGAACGCGGAGGACUCUAGUUCGGAAGUAAAUGAUGACACAUCAUCAUCGAUCUUCACUGAAUCCAGCGAGAUAGCACCACCGAAACGUGAGAUUCAGAGAACGGUUCCCAUGUCUUAUGGCCAGUCGCGUUUCUGGUUUUUGGAACACCUUGUGGAAGAUAAGACAGCAUUUAACAUUACGCCGACUUGGGAGUUAUCUGGUCGAUUAAAAAUUGCGGAAUUUGCCAGAGCUAUCGAGACUGUCGGGCAGCACCAUGAAGCUUUACGUACAUUCUUCUUCACUGAUAAUGAGAGGAAUCAUAUGCAAGGCGUUUGGACCAAAUCGGCAUUGCAAUUGCAGCUUACUGAAAUCUCUGACGAGAAAGAAGUCGAGAUGGCUACCAGGCAAAUGAAAGAACAUGUCUUUGACCUUUCAGCUGGUGAGAUUAUGCGUGUGCGCUUACUUACCCUGAGCCCCGAAAGACACUGGUUGGUUUUCGGGUUUCACCACAUCAAUAUGGAUGGUAUCAGCUUUGAGGUCUUCUGGUCAGACGUGGAGAAGGCGUAUCAAGGUCAAUCACUCUCUCAUGAUGGCCUUCAAUAUCCAGACUUUACCUUGAGGCAGCUUCGAGAGUACGAAGAGGGUGCCUGGGCUGGGGACCUAGCCUUCUGGAGGGCUCAAUUUUUGGAGAUGCCGCCAAGACUCCCUCUCCUUCCAUUCGCUUUGCAGCCUGUACGCCCCAAAAUUGCGCAAUUUGGGUCUCAUAUAGCCCACAUACGCCUCGAUGCAGCUAUAUCGGACGCUAUUGACCGUUGUUGUCGGAUGUUUAAAUCAACACCUUUCCACUUCCACCUGACAGUCUGGCGAAUUUUCCUCCUUCGUUGGUUUGAUUUGGAUGACGUUUGUAUUGGUAUCGCGGAUAGUAAUCGCACGGACGCCGAUAUUCUACGAAGCAUGGGCCUUUUCUUGAAUCUUCUCCCUGCCAAAUUCUCACAAAAGCCCGCUCAGUCCUUCGCGGAGUGCCUGAGGGAGGUCCGAGAUAUCACGCAGGGUACAUUUGCCCACUCACGUGUGCCAUUUGAUGUGAUACUGACAGAGCUUAAUGUGUCACGAUCUGCCUCACACAAUCCCAUGUGUCAAACAUUUUUCAAUUAUCGACCCAAGGCUGACAUGUCGCGACAAUUCUGCGGAUGCACUGUCAAUGGAGCGCUGUUAGGUGGUGGCGAGACCUCCUUUGAUAUUAGUCUAGACGUUGCCAACGUCGGUGCCGGUGAGACAAUGAUCCACAUAUCAGCUCAGAAGAGCUUGUAUGGAAUGGAACAUGCGGAAAUCCUCCUUCGCUCCUACUCCAAUCUUCUUCAAUCCUUUAUCCAAAACCCAGCAACCCGAGUGACUUGGCCUGGACUACACCCCAAGGGUCCGGAAAUGCGACAAGAAUGGCCAUCAACCAUAGUCCACCGGUUGGAUGAGAUUACUUUGCUGUAUCCGGACCGUAUCGCGUUGAAGAAUCAUGAUGGAAACGCACUCACAUAUACUCAAUUCCAGAAUCGGGUAGGUGUGAUUGCUAAUGAGCUGCUAAGCAACGGAGUUGGUGCAGGUACUCGAGUCGGAGUAUUCCAGUCGCCUAGUGCGGAUUGGAUCUGCUCUAUAAUAGCCAUUCUUCGUGUCGGUGGUUCGUAUGUUCCAUUGGAUAAAAAGGUGGGCAUGGAAAGGCUUGCAAUGAUCACGAAAGAAACGCAAGUACUUGUGGUAUUGCUUGAUACGUCCACCAUAUCUGAUUAUGGGCUUUUGCAUACCAUGGCUGAACCCAUUGAUGUGUGCAGCCUCCGUGGCUCUACUGCGGAGCCUGUCCCGAACAUGGCGACGUCAGAUCAAAUAGCUGUGAUCAUGUAUACCAGUGGAUCAACUGGAGUUCCCAAAGGAAUAAUGAUCGCCCAUUCAGCAUAUAUACACCAUGCUCAGUCAUCGAGUGCAACUUGGAACCUCAAACAUGGAGCUGAGACUGUCUUGCAGCAAUCCUCUUACGCCUGGGAUGCCUCCCUGUGGCAGACGAUGGUCUCGCUUUGUAUCGGCGCAACUGUUGUAAUUGCUUCCAGUCUCAUUCGGGGUGACCCUGUUGCUCUGACAGAUCUCAUUUCAUCGGAAAGUGUUACAUGCUCUCUCGCAACUCCAACCGAGUAUCUGGCUUGGCUGCGGUAUGGUCGCUCCAGUCUCAAGGGUUCGCGCCUGACAACCGCUUUGUGCGGUGGUGAAUUUUUUUCCAGUGGGUUGAUAGACGAGAUCAAGGCACUUGAAAAGUCAGACUUGAGAGUCAUCAACGCUUAUGGGCCCGCUGAGAUAACUUUCGCAUGCUCUGGCAAAGAAGUCACAUACAACCUCCAUUCAACCUCUGAAUCUCCUGCACAACCACUUUACACUUUACCAAACUACUCUGUGUAUGUUGUCGAUAGAGCGCUUAAUCCUGUUCCCGUUGGAGUCCCUGGUGAAGUUGUUGUUGGAGGAGCAGCAAUUGCCCAAGGCUAUAUUGACUCCUCUAUGACGGCUGAUCGCUUCCUGAAUGAUCAACAUGCAAGUACCUUCUUUCGAGAAAGGAACUGGACAAGAAUACAUCGCACAGGGGAUCGUGGAGUUCUCAGGCGUGAUGGAGGUCUAGUCCUUCUAGGGCGGAUGGAUGGUGAUAACCAGGUCAAAUUGCGAGGAAUUCGAAUUAAUGUCGAAGAAAUUGAGACUGCAAUUGUCCAAUUUUCGAAGGGUGCUAUCACGCAAGCUGUUGUGUCCGUCCGAUCAGAUACAGCCUCCAGCAAUGACACACAGUACUUUGUUGCUUUCGCCGUAAUGGCCGAUGCAAACAAUGUUGAAAAUGCGAACCAGUUCCUAAACCAACUUUUGAGAGAGAUGCCAUUACCGGGGCAUAUGCGACCAGCUGCCAUUAUUCCCAUUACCACUGUUCCUCAGAACACCUCAGGGAAAACAGAUCGAAAUGCUGUCGAUAAAAUCCCUAUUCCGCAUAUUGCAGUUGAAGCAAUUGAUAAUGAAUCUCUCACUACCUUUGAGCAAAGUUUACGCCAGCUCUGGCUACAGGCACUACCGCAGGAAGUCGCUAGCUAUCAUGCAAUUGAGUCUCAAUCUGACUUUUUCCACGUCGGCGGGACUUCGCUUGCCCUCGUCAAUUUACAAGCACUAAUCAAAGAAAACCUUGGUGCUUCUCUGGCCUUGUAUCAACUUUUUGAAGCAAGCACCUUACAUGGAAUGGCUACCAAAAUCCAAAACUUUUCUCGCCCUGCGCUUCAACUGGAUGUGGAUUGGGAUGCAGAAGUCGCAGUGGAGUCUGAUUUAAGGCCAUCUCCGGAUCACAUUGGUGCGCACAUUAUUCCCUCCGGUGUCAGAGUUGUGGCGCUUACCGGCGCAACUGGAUUUCUUGGCAAAGAAAUUCUUCGAGGGCUGUUGAACGACGAGAGAAUUCUUACGGUUCAUUGCCUCGCUGUCAGGAAACGGUCCACAGAGCUCCACGAACUGUUCUCCCACCCGAAAGUCCGUUUACAUCACGGUGAUCUUGGGGCCCCGCGUUUGGGACUCUCGGAGUCUGACGUCGGCUCUAUAUUCUCUUGUGCUGAUAUUGUUAUUCAUAAUGGAGCAGAUGUGUCAUUCAUGAAGACAUAUCAGACGCUUAAACUGAUCAAUGUGGCAUCGACAAAGGAGCUCGUCAAACUCGCUUUGCCUCGGCGGAUUCCCUUCCAUUUUGUUUCCACUGCUGGUGUUGCGCGCCUUGCAGGCCAAGAGAGUUUUGGAGAGACUUCUGUUGCACUCUUUCCUCCUCCCUCCCCACCAACGGAUGGCUAUAUUGCAGCGAAGUGGGUAAGCGAGGUCUAUUUGGAGCGCGUCAACCGUCAAUUUUCUCUUCCCGUAUGGAUUCACCGUCCAUCCAGCAUUACCGGCGACGGUGCACCAGAGCUUGACUUGAUGGGCAAUGUCAUGCAAUACAUCCAGGAAACCCAUAAACUUCCAGAUUUCAACCUAUGGUCUGGGGUCUUCGAUCUCAUAUCUGUCCAGUCGGCCGCAAGCCAGCUUCUGAAGGCCGUUCACCAAUCCGGUAUGUCUACAUCAAUGACAAAUACGGUGACAUAUCUCUAUGAGUCCGGCGAGACCACAAUUGGUCGUGACGAGAUUAUGCCCCUUCUCUCUGGCACAGGGCAAGAAUUCCAGAUAGUUGCUAUCGAUGAGUGGGUCCGUUCCGCUGAAGAAGCCGGAAUGAGUCCUCUACUAGGAGAGUAUCUGCGCAGGGCUUCAGAUGGGCAAGUUCUGCUUCCCAGGUUGGUGAAAAGCAUUAGGGCUGCCGGAUAUGAAUGA